AUGAAUCCUCAGUAACAAACUUUUUAUUAGCACUUUGAAGGUUUUGGUAAAAUAUUGUAAAAUUCUUUAUUUAUUUGUUUAGAUCAAUCAAAUUUAUAGGAAAUGAUAUUUCAAAGACUUUCUGUUAACCUUUUUAUUAAGGAGCUUAAAUAAUAAAUUAACCAGAAGAAUUUCUGCCAUUAUUAACUGAUUAUUAAACUAAUAAGAAUUUAGAUUACCUCACAGAAAAUGAUUUGUAUAUAGGAUAUAAUGAAAAUUUUAUUUCAUAAGCUAAAAGUCCAGAAGGAAUUUGUAUCCUCUCUUCAUUAGGAAAAGUCUAUUUAAUUGAUUAAAAAGGAUAUGAUUAAAUUGAAAUAAAAAAUCAUACCUUACCUAAUUUUACUACGAAUUAAGGGAUAGCAACAUUAAUUUAUGAUGAAAAAUCGAGAUUCUUUUUUGCUCUUUUAAAAGAUCAAUUAAUAAAAUUUUAAUUUUAAAAAGACUAAUUACAUUCUAUUUUAAUUUCUAAUUGGGUAUCUCCAUAAAAAAUAAUGAGAUUUGUAGCUAGUAAUGGUUGGCUUUAUUGUGCUUAAGAAGAAAAUGGUUUGCUUAUCUACAAAAUUUUUCAUAAUGAAGUUAAAUUAAUUAAAACCAUGACAUCAUAAGACAUAUAUAAUAAGACUCUAGAUAGUUUUUAAAUUGUGGAUAUUGCAGUUAUAGAUGAUAAACUAUAUAUUUUAGAUGCUAAAAAUGGAAUAACAUUAUUUAAAAUCUAUUUUAAUGGAACCUUUAUUAGAAAUGAAGAUUUUCCUAUGAUUAAUCUAUUAAAUGGUUAUUCUUUUACUGUUGAAGGACACACAAUUAUUGUUAUUAAAAACUUUAAAUCAAGUUCUUAAGUUAUAGAAUAUUACUUAAAUGAUAACGAAUGGUUAGAAAUCAGAAAAUAUUAUACUAGAAACAAAUUACAAAGGGCAUAUAGAAUUGAUGAUAAUUUGUUUAUAAUUAGAGGAUUACAUAAUCAUAUGAUUUUAAUAACAAAAAUGUCAGAAUAAUAUUUAGAUAAAUAGAAUCAUUAAUUGUAUAUUCUGUAUUUUUAAUUAGGGAAAAUUAUUUUUUUAAUAGGAAUUUAUUAGCUAUAGAAACAUAUGGAGAAUAAAACAAAACUAUUUUAGCCAUAUCUCCUUAUGGAUUUUAUUUUUUAAAUAUUUAGUAUUUUCCUACAACUGUGGUUUGCAAUAGUAAUGAUGCUUAAGCAGGAUAAUAUAAUGCUUAGGUAAAUGAUAUCUUUAUAGAUAUUAGAUGACUCUGAUCAGUACAGACUGUGAGGAAAAAGGAGAUUCAAUCGAUGAUUUACUUUAUUGUUAGACUAAUUUAAAUUAUAAUUUUGAAAUCUAAAGUUCUCUUAUACCAACUUAAGAUUUCUAGUUAUAUCUUUAUAUUGGAAUUGCCAUAUUUUUAUUAAUUAUUGGAUACUACUAUUAUAGAUAUAAGUAAAAAUUAAGAAUAUGUAGAUAAUGAUAAGAGAAGAAAGAAUUAUACCAAAUUAACUAAAAUGAUAGUUUUAUUUUAUUUUCUGCCAUUCAAAAUAUAAAUUUGCACAAACUUUAAAAUUAUUAAAUUUANUAAUUUUAAAAAGACUAAUUACAUUCUAUUUUAAUUUCUAAUUGGGUAUCUCCAUAAAAAAUAAUGAGAUUUGUAGCUAGUAAUGGUUGGCUUUAUUGUGCUUAAGAAGAAAAUGGUUUGCUUAUCUACAAAAUUUUUCAUAAUGAAGUUAAAUUAAUUAAAACCAUGACAUCAUAAGACAUAUAUAAUAAGACUCUAGAUAGUUUUUAAAUUGUGGAUAUUGCAGUUAUAGAUGAUAAACUAUAUAUUUUAGAUGCUAAAAAUGGAAUAACAUUAUUUAAAAUCUAUUUUAAUGGAACCUUUAUUAGAAAUGAAGAUUUUCCUAUGAUUAAUCUAUUAAAUGGUUAUUCUUUUACUGUUGAAGGACACACAAUUAUUGUUAUUAAAAACUUUAAAUCAAGUUCUUAAGUUAUAGAAUAUUACUUAAAUGAUAACGAAUGGUUAGAAAUCAGAAAAUAUUAUACUAGAAACAAAUUACAAAGGGCAUAUAGAAUUGAUGAUAAUUUGUUUAUAAUUAGAGGAUUACAUAAUCAUAUGAUUUUAAUAACAAAAAUGUCAGAAUAAUAUUUAGAUAAAUAGAAUCAUUAAUUGUAUAUUCUGUAUUUUUAAUUAGGGAAAAUUAUUUUUUUAAUAGGAAUUUAUUAGCUAUAGAAACAUAUGGAGAAUAAAACAAAACUAUUUUAGCCAUAUCUCCUUAUGGAUUUUAUUUUUUAAAUAUUUAGUAUUUUCCUACAACUGUGGUUUGCAAUAGUAAUGAUGCUUAAGCAGGAUAAUAUAAUGCUUAGGUAAAUGAUAUCUUUAUAGAUAUUAGAUGACUCUGAUCAGUACAGACUGUGAGGAAAAAGGAGAUUCAAUCGAUGAUUUACUUUAUUGUUAGACUAAUUUAAAUUAUAAUUUUGAAAUCUAAAGUUCUCUUAUACCAACUUAAGAUUUCUAGUUAUAUCUUUAUAUUGGAAUUGCCAUAUUUUUAUUAAUUAUUGGAUACUACUAUUAUAGAUAUAAGUAAAAAUUAAGAAUAUGUAGAUAAUGA